GAGGAGGAGGCUGCUGGGCGCCUCGCAGCCGCUUCGCGCGCCCGCCCGCACUCUCUUCUCUCCCUCGCCUUCAGGGAGAAGCCCGCCAAAGACCAUCCCAGGGAAGAAGGCACAGAAAGAGAGAGGGGAAGGGACCCGCCCGCGCGCAACGGACACCUUCGGCUCAACCGCCCGUCCCAGGCGGAGGCGCAGGCUGAGGCGGCGGCUCGAGGAUGGAAGGGGACCGGCUGGAACCCACCGUUACCAUUAAGAAUAUUGAACGAGAACUCAUCUGCCCAGCAUGCAAGGAGUUAUUUACCCAUCCACUUAUUCUCCCUUGUCAACACAGUAUCUGCCACAAAUGCUUAAAAGAAAUCCUCUACUUCUCAAUUGAAGAUUCGUUCAAUGAUACUGCCUCAGAAACGUCCAAUCAAAGUAGCCCUCGCAACCGAAUGCAUUCCCCUAGCUUGGAUAGAAUUGACAGGGUUAAUAGAUCAGCCUCACAAAGGAGGUCACUUGGGUGGAGAGGUUGGAAACGCAAUUCAUUGACUCCUAAGACAACUACCUUCCCUUGUCCUGGAUGCCGACAUGACAUAGACCUAGGAGAGCGUGGCAUCAAUGGCCUGUUUCGCAACAUCACCUUGGAAACUAUUGUAGAACGAUACAGGCAGGCAGCAAGGGCAGCUACAGCCAUUAUGUGUGAUCUCUGUAAACCUCCACCACAGGAAUCCACAAAGAGCUGUAUGGAUUGUAGUGCAAGUUAUUGCAACGAAUGCUUCAAAAUACAUCAUCCCUGGGGAACUUUAAAAGCCCAGCAUGAAUAUGUUGGACCAACUACCAACUUCAGGCCUAAAGUUCUGAUGUGUCCAGAACAUGAAAUGGAGAGAGUAAACAUGUAUUGUGAGCUGUGUAGAAGGCCUGUUUGUCAUCUUUGCAAACUGGGUGGCACACAUGCAAACCACAGAGUAACUACCAUAAGCAGUGCCUACAAAACACUCAAGGAAAAACUUUCAAAGGACAUAGACUACCUCAUUAGUAAGGAGAGCCAGGUGAAAAGCCAGAUUACAGAACUUGGUCUUUUAAUGAAAGAAACAGAGUGCAAUUGUGAAAGAGCCAAGGAAGAAGCUUCUAACAACUUUGAUAGGUUGUUUGAUGUUUUAGAAGAGAGGAGAACAACUGCACUCAGGGCUAUUGAAGCUUCCAAAAACCUGAGACUGGAGAAAUUGCAUUAUCAAAUAGAAGAGUAUCAGGGACUUCUAGAAAAUAAUGGUCUAGUAGGAUAUGCCCAAGAAGUUCUCAAAGAAACAGACCAGUCUUGUUUUGUUCAAACAGCGAAACAGCUUCAUGAAAGAAUUCAAAAAGCUACUGAGUCUUUGAGGAGUUUCAGACCUGCGGCCCAAGCCUCUUUUGAAGAUUUUGUUAUUGACAUCGCAAAACAGAAGGAGGCUCUUGGAGACCUGUGUUUUCAGUCAAGUGGUGUUGAUAUACCUGAAAUCAAUGAAGAACAGACCAAAAUGUAUAACAAAGCUUUGAUCUGUUGGGAUCAUCCACAGAAAAUAAGUUCAACUGAUACUUACAUCCUUGAAUACCGUAAACUUAACAGAGAAGAAACUAGCUCAGUAUGGCAAGAGAGAGAAGUCAUCACCAAGAAUGAAGUAAUCUCUGACCUUGACAUAAACAGCAGUUAUGCCUUCAGAGUCAGAGGAUAUAAAGGAUCUAUCUGUAGCCCUUGGAGCAGAGAGAUUAUCUUGCACACACCACCAGCUCCAGUUUUUAGUUUUCUUUUUGAUGACAAGUGUGGUUACAAUAGUGAACAUCUCAUACUGAACGCAAGGAGAAAUGCCGUGGAAAGCAGGGCUGGAUUUCCUCUGCUUUUGGGAGCUGAACGUAUCCAAGCAGGCUGCUAUACAAGCUUAGACUACAUUAUUGGAGACACUGGUAUUGUAAAAGGAAAGCAUUUCUGGGCUUUCCAUGUGGAGCCUUAUUCAUAUCUUGUGAAAGUAGGAGUUGCAUCUGAUGUUAAGAUCCAAGAAUGGUUCCAUAAUUCUCGUGAUCUCACUAGCCCAAGAUUACAGUUACGUGACAUCUUAAUCUGUCAUCAAGAAGAGAAGGGCCAGAAAGAGGUGGAGGGGGGAAGAAUGGAGAAAAGAUAUGAACAAGACAGUGGUCAUGACAGUGGAAGUGAAGACAUCUUUGUUGAAUCCUUGCAGCCUUUUACACUGGUAACCUUAGGUAUGAAGAAAUUUUUUAUUCCAAAGGCUUCUCCUGCUUCACUUGCUUCUAAAGAUUCUCUGAACAGAAUUCUUCCCAUGCCAUCAAGCAUUGGAAUCUGCCUUGACUGUGACAAAGGCAAAGUUGGAUUCUAUGAUGCAGACCGGAUGAAGUGUCUUUAUGAGCGUCAGGUGGAUUGUUCUCAUAAAAUGUAUCCAGCCUUUGCAUUGAUGGGUAGCUGUGGAAUUCAUCUGGAAGAAACUAUUGCGGCAAAAUACUUGCAGUACCAAGAUGAAGACAUGUAAUGCCCAAGAAUCCAUCUUUUGCAUUAUGUCUUAAUUACAUCAUAUCUCCUAAGUGCUUUUGCUGCACCCUUGCUUUAGAGUCUUUCUGUUCUUUUUUGUUUUUUAAUUGAGGAGAAAAACAUUAAUCUCUUAUCAACUGUAGUGCCCAGCAAAAUCUUCCUGAAGUCACUCGUUUGACAACCUUUUUGGCUUGUAGUGAAAUUGUAUGCCUGGAUCAGUAGCCUUAUUGUCUUUCAUAGGCUUGAGACCUGUCUGAUUCUAAGCCUUUAUAUAACUGACAUGGUAUUCACACUCCAAUUUUUUAAAAAUGGAAGUAGGCUCCACAUAACAGUAUAUUUCUUGUGGCUGUGCAUUGGGUACAUUUGCUUUAAAGGGAGGGUAUUUUGACAACAUUGAGUAAUUGGGUGUCUUAGGAACUAUCUUUGCAAGGGAGCAAAGUACAUUGUAAAUCCAUGCUGCAGUAGAAAACUGGUAAAUGGUGGGAAGAUAAGGUGAGUCAUAAUGAUUGUAUCUAAGACAGAUUUCUUCUGACUUUGUACAACUGACUUUUAAAACUAAUAUAGCAGUAUCAAUGAUUAAUAAUAAGGUUCUCAUUUGUGUCAGUACUGUAUGUAACCUCCUAUAUGCUAUAUUUAAAUAUAUUUAAAUAAGUGCAAUUUCUCUUGAAACAUCAGACCUUGGUGUUGAAAAUUCUGCAUAUAUGACAGGGGAUAAAAUGCAGUCACAGUUAAUAUUUAUGUGUUUUUUAAAUAUGAAAAACAUUUGUUGGUAUGUUUUAUAACUUCAUAAAAUAAAGGGUUUUAGUGUGUUUAGAAUAAAUGCACUGAUAAUUACAUUUGAGACACUUUUGCCUUAAGGUGUCAUCUUUGGUGCAAAUCUGUUAGCUAGAAUGCAAUCUGCACAAAAUUAUCUAAAGUUCCAUAUAGUCUGCUUAAUGUGUGAAAAAUGUUGCUCUGAAAAAGAGGUUCAUACAGUACUGUAAUUCUGAUCAUAAUUUUCUUUGGGUGGAAAUAUAGGUGUUUAGUAUAUGUUACUUGGUACUCAUCCCCAAAACAUGGAACAUGAAGCAGUUUCCCAAAAUUUGUCAACUGUUAUUCUGGAUCAUAAAGAAUAGCCCAAAGCGUUGAUUUUAGCCUGUGUUUAUUUAUGAAAUUCUAAUUAAGCCAUAAUUUAUUUAUUGUACAGUGAGAUUAUAUUCUGCUUUAAAAAGUCAUAAUUUAUCAACAUGUAGAUUUUGACAUUUCUUCUGCCUUUAUGCACCCUACUGUUUGAAUUAAAAGUAGGAUUAGUUCUGGGAGUUAGUGAAAUGUUUGGGAGCUACUCUAUACAAAAAGUGAUGGUUACUCUUCAGUUUACGGGACCAGGAAAAAGUCUAUCCAUCUGCCAAUAUUGAAGUUCUUACUUUUCACAAUAAUGGAAAACUUCUAAGCCGUCUAGAAGGGAUGUGUGGAUCUUUUUUUUUUAAAGGGGGGGGGGGAGACACAAAGAGAGCACUUUACAUGCAGACUAAGCUGAAACGUGUGGAUCAUUCACAAUAUAGCUGCUAUAACUAACUAACCUGUUAGUGACCACUGUGAUCUGCAAGGUUCUAUACAAGUGUACAUCAUGUAGACAGUUUCUGAAAAUAUUAUUUGAAGCUUUAAUGGAAACCAUAAGGCCUUGUUUGAAAAUACUGAGAAAUGGAAAUGUAGUUUGUUUUGUUUUUUGUUUUUCUAAUAAAAUUGACAAACAUAAUGGCUUGUUCUUACUGCAUUCUCCAGUUUUAUCAGUUUUCUAAUGGCAACUAUCAAGCAGAUGCUGGGUUGCAGAUCUGGGGGAACUAAUACCACAUUGUGCUUUGGUGUUCAAAGCAUCAAUCUGUUGUUUUUAUACAAAGUGAAGGAAG